GUUGGCUAGUAAUGAGGUGUGAGGAUGUAUGACCUGCCCCCCAAUCCCAUUCAUCCUCUGACUCUUCUUCUCUUCAAAACAAACAAAUAAAUAUCCUUUUUUCCAAAACUCCAUUACCAUUACCAUUCACAAUGAGUUAUUACAACCAGCAGCAACCGCCGGUCGGAGUUCCGCCGCCGCAAGGUUAUCCGCCGGAGGGGUACGGAAAGGAGGGAUAUCCACCGCCGGGAUACCCGCCAGCGGGAUACCCGCCAGCGGGAUACCCACCGCCGGGAUAUCCGCCACAACAAGGCUAUCCUCCGCCGCCCUACCCGGCGCAGGGGUAUCCUCCGCCCUACGCUCCUCAAUACGCUCAGCCUCCGCCCCGUCAACAAAAUUCAACUGGCCCUGGUUGUUUGGAAGGCUGUUUGGCUGCUCUCUGCUGCUGCUGUCUAUUGGAUGCGUGCUUCUGAGAUGAGAUGACAAAUUCAAAUUGGAAUUAGACGGAAUCAACUCAAUAAAAUUUGUUUCUACUUCUCUAUUUCCUUUGCUUUAUCUUGCCCCUUGUUGACUUUUUAUUUUUAAUAAUAAUACUAUGAAACUAUUGUUGCUUCCAAAGGCCAAACUGCCUGAUUUGUUUAUUGUUAAGAAAUUUAGACCUUCCUUUCCUGUUUCUUUGAUGGUGCUCCUCCAUUACACUUACACUUGAUUAUCAAACCACCAAAAUGGGUUCAAUUGCAA